AUGGAAGAGCCGCCACCCACUCAAUCAUUUUCUUUUGCUGAACUCUUCCUCGAAUCCGAUCAUUCGGUUCGUAAUCCGAAUGGAACAUGUUCUACUUACUUUCCACCACCAUUGAUAGCUUUUCGUUUUGGUUUGGUGACAGUGUUUGGAUCAAUCGUCGCGUUGAUCGGAAUGGUCGAAAAUCUCUUGCUCCUCUAUUUAUUUGCCUCAAGAAAACAUCACCGAACGAGCUACAAUCUUUACAUGAUGUUACUCGCCGUUUUCGAUACUUUUGUCUCUGGAGCGUAUGUGCCAUUAAUGUCGGUGAAUGUGGCCGGAGAUUUUUUCGAGGAUCCGUGGCUUGUCAAAAUUUGGUACUCUUACAUGCGGCCGAUCUACACGAUUUCUCAUGUUGGCUUGACGGCGUCCACAUUUCUCAUUGUAGCUGCUACUUUUGAAAGAUAUUGUAUAACGAUGAACUCACGUGCUUUGAAAUGGGCACAAAGGAAUCGACUAUUCAUCGCCUCUUUUGCGGUGAUCAUGGGAAUCUUUUCGAAAGGAACAAUUGGAUAUGAGUUGCUGUAUAUAACAGCCGAAGACUGCAAGGGAACGAUGAUGGAAAUCAGUUUGACGAAUCGAAAAUUCGUCUAUGAGACGCAAUAUCAUGAGUGGAUGCGUUUAUGGUACCGUAAUUUGGUGACAAUUGUGGCCCCAUUUCUCAUCUUGCUCAUCCUCAACUUUCUCAUUAUUCGAGCUCUCCGCCGUCAACCCCAAAUGACAGUCUGUUCUCAAUUGGCCGGCCCAGCCGCUGCGGAUAUUUCAAAACGAAAAAUGGCUCGCCGCAAUGCCACUAAAUCAUUGCUUUUGGUCGGAAUUUGUUAUCUCUUUGCGAAUGUUUUCCAUUUGGUGGCACUUGUUUGGGAACAAAAUGACUCGGAGGAUGCAAGGAAUCAACAUGAAGUUUGGUCCAAGGUGUAUGCCAUCUUGAUCGAUGUGGCAUCUCUUCUUUCGGUUGUCGCUUGUGCUUUUCGUUUGCCGAUUCUCAUUUCUUGUCAGCAACAACUUCGCGAGGAAGUUAAGACGAUUCUCCGGAAUGUGUUUUGUUGCAAAGUUGACAAAAAGCCACAAGAUGACAAUGAGAAAUUGGUGACAUCGGGACAAUCUUCGCAUACAACACAUGAAAAUGGAAUGGAGACAAGUAAUAAGGAAAAGAAAGAGAUCAGGGUUUGUCUCCCGGUUGAUGGAAAUGAUAAUGCGUUGAUCCCAUCGACAAAAAGUUUGAGCAAUGGAAAGCACUACUCGAUCGAUGGACUUCAAAUCUAUUUCCAUAACGGAAACGAGACUUUACUU